GGAGCGGGUACCUGUCAAAUUCGGGUACCCGCUCCCACUUCUGCUGCGAUAGCAUUAGCGAUCGGAAGCAGAGGUUGUCCUCCCCGUAGUCUUCUGGGACACGUGACAGAUGCCAGAAGACUAUGGGGCCAUCCACAUAGCGCAGCGCUUCUUGCGCAUGCGCAGUGGUCACUCAGCUGUGAAGCCGCAAGCUGUCACAGCCGGGUGCCCACACUGACGAUGCCAGCACCAGGGAGAGAAGACGGCUGGUGAAACCAGCCAUGGUGGGGACACCGCUG